UCCCCCAUUCUUCCUUCACUCAGACUCACAGCUCAGCUCCAUUCGUGUCGACUGUCCAGAGUCCACGAACACUCUGUCGCUCCUUCCUCCAACACUUCCUCACUGAAGCAGCCGCAUUCCUGCAGCCUCUCCAGCCUCUGCUCAGACAUGUCCCGCUACAGCUUUGGCCUCGAACCGCUGUCUUGCCAUGCCUGGAACAAAGACAGGACCCAGAUCGCUGUGAGUCCCAACAACAAUGAGGUGAACAUCUAUGAGAAAAAAGGCAAAGAAUGGGUGAAGAUCCAUGAGCUGACUGAGCACAGCGGUCGUAUCACAGGUAUCGACUGGGCCCCAGAGUCCAACCGUAUUGUGACGUGCGCCUCUGAUCGUAACGCCUACGUGUGGACUCUGAAGGACGCCGCGUGGAAACCCACCCUGGUGUUGGUGCGCAUCAACCGUGCGGCCACCUGCGUGAAGUGGUCCCCUCUGGAGAACAAGUUUGCUCUGGGCAGUGGAGCUCAGCUCAUCUCUGUCUGCUACUUUGAGAAGGAGAACAACUGGUGGCUGAGUAAACACAUUAAGAAGCCCAUUCGCUCUACUGUCCUGAGUCUGGACUGGCAUCCCAACAACAUCCUGCUGGCCAGUGGGUCUGCCGACCUCCACUGCAGGGUUUUUUCUGCCUAUAUCAAGGACAUCGAGGACAAGCCUGGACCCACGGCAUGGGGAGCCAAGAUGCCAUUUGGGGAGGUGCUUCUGGACUAUAAGGACUGUGGUGGGUGGGUGCAUAGCGUCUCCUUCUCCCCCACUGGAGACCAGCUGGCCUUUGUGGCCCACAACAGCAGCAUCGCUGUGGUUGAUGCUGCACAGCGGAAGGAGGUAACCCAGCUCACCACCGACCGCCUGCCGCUGCUGAGCGUCCUCUUUGUCAGUCCGACUGAAAUCGUUGCUGCGGGUCACGACUGUUGCCCCUACCAGUUUACAUAUAACGGUCCUGGGGCGCUGCAGUUUGUGAAGAAGCUGGACAUCCCCAAGAAUACCUCCAAGGGCGGCAUGUCAGCCAUGCAGCACUUCCGCAACCUGGACAAAAAGGCCACAGAAGAGGAGGACAACGAGCUGGACAUGCUUCAUCAGAACAGCAUCACCCAGCUGUGCAUCUUAUCCGGGAAGAAAGCCAAAGUGGAAAAGUACAGCAGUGUUGGUUUGGAUGGAGCCAUGGUCGUCUGGGACUUUAAGCACUGAGUCUGCUCAGAUGCCAGCGGUGGACAUGUAAACGGUGUACAACCAUCCUUUCUGCACACUAAUCAGCACACAGCUCUGUCAUUUUACUCAAGAAAAACAGAUAUUUUUAAUCAAUACAAUGAACAUUUUUUGGCAUUUUCUUACAAUUUGAAUGUUUUGUCUUCAUUGCAUUGACCAUUUUUUUUCACAUUUUUACCCCCAUUCCUUCAACAUACUGUACGUUUGCUGUGCUGACUGUACGAAGCUGGUUUUUAUUAAAUCUCAUUUGAUUCUAAA